AUGUCGCAGUACCCUCCAGAACUCAACGUCCCUUUGAGCAACCAGUUUAUUAUCCCGAAGAACAGCGACAUCGGCGCGACCCUCCGCGAAGACAAAGAAAGUAGCUGCACCUAUCUGUGCGGAAACUCUCUGGGGCUACUGUCGGAACGCUCGAAGGGUUUGGUCCUAGAAGAGCUCCGUAUCUGGGGCUCACAUGGCGUCGUUGGCCAUUUCUCUCAUCCUCUCGAUCGGCCUUGGACCAAGUGCUGUGAUGAGGUUCAUCCGCUCCUCGCAGAGCUCGUCGGGGCAAAUGAAAAAGAAGUUGUAUGCAUGGGCACGUUGACCAACAACUUGCAUCUCAUGAUGGAUUCCUUCUACAAACCCACUCCUGAACGUUACAAGGUCCUUUGUGAAGCCAAGGCAUUUCCCUCGGAUCAAUACGCCUUCACAUCACAGGCCGCUGCGCAUGGUCUCGAUCCUGAGACUACCAUCAUUCAAGUAUCACCGCGGGAGGGUGAAUAUACCCUUCGGGAAGAAGAUAUUCUCGAAAUUCUCGAUAAAGAAGGACCCACGAUUGCCCUUGUCAUUUUCAGUGGAAUCCAGUACUAUACCGGACAAUGGUUCCCCAUGAAAUCUAUCACAAAGAAGGCCAAAGAACAGGGCUGCGUGUGUGGCUGGGAUCUUGCUCACGCUGUCGGAAAUGUACCACUGGAGUUACAUGACUGGGACGUUGAUUUCGCUGUUUGGUGUACCUACAAAUACCUUAAUUCCGGUCCUGGAGGUAUUGCCGGCUUAUUUGUGCACGAAAACUGGCACAAGACGGAACGUCCCAAGUUUGCAGGGUGGUGGGGACAUGAAUUAGCAACACGAUUUGAAAUGCCUUCCAAGUUUUCACCCAUCCCCGGUGCACAGGGGUUCCAGCAGUCAAAUCCGUGCGUUCUCGCGGUGGCGUCGCUUCUUGGAUCGUUGCAAGUUGUCAAGGAGGCAGGGAUGAUGCCAGCAUUGAGAGGACGUUCUCUUCAGCUCACAACUGCGUUGGAAUCUUUCCUCGUAAAGUCAAAGUAUUUUGUUCCUCUUGAUAGAGUUUCAAACUCGACCGACUUUGCAAAACCUGGUUUCACGAUCAUCACACCCACUAAACAUUCUGCCCGUGGCGCACAGUUGUCAUUGCUCUUCCUUCCCACUGGAUCGGGCGUCAUGAGGAAAAUAUUUGAUGCCUUGGUGAAGGAAGGAGUGAUCGGCGAUGAGAGAGAACCGGACGUAAUCCGGCUUGCCCCCACACCACUGUACAACACAUUGAAGGAUUGCGAGCAUGCGGCAGAAUCCCUAGAACGAGCCUUUAGCACACUGUAG